AUGAAGGGUACUAUUUUACAUGGAGUAGUUAAUGUUUAUUUUUCUUGGUCUAUUAUACUUUAUUGUAUGGAUUUGGUCAUCUCAUAUCCGAGUUUUGAAGCCUAUGCUCCUCCUGUAGUAGAGUAUAUUUUUUUGGGUUUAGGUGACGUAGUUAUUAACUGUGAUGUUAUUGUACAGCAGGUAACGAUUCCUAAAGUUCCCAAUCUACGUGGCGAAGGUUAUUUACAGAGCAAGAAAAUUGGAAUAAAGGACAGCGAUAAGGAAAAGGGGAUAGCGGCAGCAUAUGAGGGUUGGACGUAG